AUGACAGAGGAGGAAAUUGAUGUUUGCGUAACGGUUCAUAUACAUGGAAGUGUGUCAGGGAGAAAGCAAUUUCACCUGCCUAGAGCCAGCAGAGAUUUCCUCGAAGAACCUUCCUGGCAGGAGGACAGGAGCUCCGCAUCUGUCACAGAAAGACUGACUGCCGAGCAGAGAGAGCAGAGCCUGUGCCCGAGGCAGGAGCUGCUACUCGGCGCUGCGGUGAUGAAGCAAAGCAUCCCAGAACCGUAUCACACGGCCAGUCCCAGGACCAGUCAUCACAGCCUCACUGCCCAGGGCACUGAGAAACAGGACCUACAGCUGGGCCGCCCGCACGCCAAGAGCGCGCCUACAAGGCAGGAAAAGAGAACAAACCAAUGUUUUAGAGGCCCAACAGGACCUGGGCUCUGCCUCCAGUGGAGUGGGAUUGAUGGAUGGGAGGCUGGCAGUCAACAGAUGAAGCCUCAUCAUACUUGUAAAUCGGAGCAGGAAAUAAAUGAGAGCUUCCAGCAGUGCAGUGCGGCACAGCGCCUGCCCUCAGCAGCCGCUAACCUGCCUGCCCUGCUCACACCUUCUGUCUCAGCAAUUUUGGCAAUUGCGCUGAGCUGCAAGAAGGAGGAAGCCCUGGGUCAGGGAAUUCCAGACCAAGCCAAGCCCCACCUGGAAGAGCUGAAGACAGAAUGGGAAAAGCCCAUCCUUCUGUGCGUGGUCUUCUAA